GAGAACCCAGCCAAUUGGAAUGUGCGGCUGUGGUCCUGUCAGCCAAUGGCGGGGCGUGUAGGAGUUGGGCGGCUUGGCUCUGGUUCCAGGGCUAUGGAGCCGCCUUCGCGGGGGCAUCUUGUCAGGUGGCAGUGCAGCUGGUGAGGCGAAAGAAUCUUAUUCUAAGAAAACGAUGGUUUUGGGUCCUGAACAGAAGAUGUCAGAUGGCCUUAGUCAGGAGGCAAAGGAUUCCUGCUUGGUGGUUUCCCUGCAGCUUCAGAUUUUAGCCUGAACUGUGACAGGAUUUUGCAACUUCCACAUUUUUUAAGAAGCUUGGCGGAGGUAUAUAAUGUCCAAGGAUGAUUCUUCGAAUGAUGCUUCUGAAGACCAUGGGGACUUUGCCGAUCUUGGUGCCAUCAACCCUGCCUAUAGUAACUCCUCUCUUCCGCAGUCCACUGGGCACUCAGAGGAGCCCUUCUCUACCUACUUUGAUGAGAAGAUUGCUGUUCCCGAGGAGGAGUACUCUUGUUUUAGCUUUCGUAAACUAUGGGCUUUCACGGGACCAGGCUUCCUUAUGAGCAUUGCCUACCUGGAUCCAGGAAACAUUGAAUCUGAUUUGCAGUCCGGAGCAGUGGCUGGGUUUAAGUUGCUCUGGGUUCUUCUGUUGGCCACCAUUGUGGGGCUCCUGCUUCAGCGCCUUGCAGCUAGACUAGGAGUGGUUACUGGGAUGCAUCUUGCUGAAGUAUGUCAUCGUCAGUAUCCCAAGAUCCCACGAAUCAUCUUAUGGUUGAUGGUGGAGUUGGCUAUCAUUGGCUCAGAUAUGCAAGAAGUUAUUGGCUCAGCCAUUGCCAUCAAUCUCCUGUCUAAAGGAAGGGUUCCUCUGUGGGGUGGAGUUCUCAUCACUAUUGCAGAUACCUUUGUAUUUCUUUUUUUGGACAAAUAUGGCUUGCGGAAGCUAGAAGCAUUUUUCGGCUUUCUCAUCACUGUUAUGGCCCUCACAUUUGGAUAUGAGUAUGUUACAGUGAAACCCAGUCAGAGCGAGGUACUCAAAGGCAUGUUCCUGCCAUCCUGUUCAGGCUGUGGCACCCCACAGAUCCAACAGGCUGUGGGCAUUGUGGGAGCUGUCAUCAUGCCACACAACAUGUACCUGCAUUCUGCCUUAGUCAAGUCCAGACAGGUAAACCGAGCCAAAAAGCAGGAAGUUCAAGAAGCCAAUAAGUACUUUUUUAUUGAAUCCUGCAUUGCGCUCUUUGUUUCCUUCAUCAUCAAUGUCUUUGUCGUCUCAGUCUUUGCAGAAGCAUUUUAUCAGAAAACCAACCAGCAGGUGAUUGAAGUCUGUAGAAAUAGCAGCAGUCCUCAUACUGGCCUUAUUCCUAAUGAUAACUCAACACUGGCUGUGGACAUCUACAAAGGGGGUGUUGUUCUGGGUUGUUACUUUGGGCCUGCUGCACUCUACAUCUGGGCAGUGGGAAUCCUGGCUGCAGGACAGAGCUCCACCAUGACAGGAACCUAUUCUGGCCAGUUCGUCAUGGAAGGAUUUCUAAACCUAAGGUGGUCACGCUUUGCACGAGUGAUCCUGACCCGCUCUAUUGCCAUUAUCCCCACUCUGCUUGUUGCCGUCUUCCAAGAUGUAGAACAUCUAACGGGAAUGAAUGACUUCCUCAAUGUUCUACAGAGCUUACAGCUUCCCUUUGCUCUCAUACCCAUCCUCACAUUUACAAGCUUGCGGCCAGUAAUGAGUGACUUUGCCAAUGGAAUAGGCUGGAGGAUUGCAGGCGGGAUCUUGGUUCUUAUCAUCUGUUCCAUCAACAUGUACUUUGUUGUGAUUUAUGUCCAAGAAUUAGGGCAUGUGUUGUUAUAUGUGGUGGCUGCUGUCGUCAGUGUGGCUUAUCUGAGCUUUGUGUUUUACUUGAUUUGGCAAUGUUUGAUUGCAUUGGGCUUGUCUUUCCUGGAUUGUGGGCACACGGUAAGCAUCUCUAAAGUCCUGACUGAAGAAGCCACCAGUGACUAUAUUAAGUAAACACUGGAUCAGUCUGUCUGAUCCAGGUAGCCAUCAGAGCCAGUGUGUUUCUAUGGUUUACUGUGUGAACAUAGCCAAAAGUAUGUGCUGUUGCACAGACUGUAUUUAGGACUCAGCUAUUUGUUGGGAAAGACUUUGUUUCACAUGUUUGAAAGAUGAAAUUUUUUUCUUCCUGACCUCCUAACCUGGGAACUGGAUUAAGUGUAAGACCUUUGAAAAGAUGAGGGUUUGCUGCUAUCAUUCCAACACUAAAUCCUUUAGGAGCUGUCCAAGGGCCAGCUUGUUUUAUCUUUUUGAGAGAGAGAGAUCUCUAUUCAUAGUCUUAACCAGGCUAUACAUUAAAAAAACUUACUUGGAAAAUGCAAUAAAAUUUUCGUAAUAAAAGGACAGAAUGGGUAUACAAGUUUGUCUGUUAAAAGAUCAUGGAUUUUAAAGGCUGAUAUACUUUUCUUAUGCACACCCUUUCAGUUAUUUUAAUUAUUAAAAAAAUCUCAACUAGAAUAGAAUGGUUUCAUCCAUAUUAAAUAUAGAAUUAUGAGACAUCUACCUCUCUCCAGUUUUUUAAAACUUAUUCAAAUUCUACUUUGAAUUUCUCAGUGGAAGUUAAGAAGGGAGAGAAAGCAUAAAGAAAGUAAUAAAGGAACAAAUAGCAAAAUUCACCUGUAGGUGGUGGUUACUAAUUACUUCAAAAAUCACUUUAGAAGAUUUUCCUCAGAGAUCGAAAGCUUAUCAGGAUUUUCUUGGGAGUUCUGAUUUAAAUUUCAUGUUAAUACACAGAGCUUUUCUGAUAUUUACUCUCGAGCACAUAGUUGUAAAACCUUCAUCUUCCUCCUCCAGGAGGGUGAUGAUAGAAAAAGAUGGUAGCAUUUAUAAACUGAGGUUCUCAUGAGACUUUGGGGUGAGGAUAAAAGACUUGAAAGGAGAAGAAGAGCCAUCUGUUAUAUUCCUAAGAGCCACCUCCUACCAGAAUCAUCAUGUUUUUCUGACAUAUGCCCAAGAUGACUUGCAAAGCAGUCUCGAGCUGUGGACCAACUGAUGCAAAGCUCUCUCAGAAAGUCAAUAGGUAUCAGUCUCUGGUUGCAAAGUUCUCUCAAGAUUGCACUGGGCUACCUCUCUUCAGCCAUCCCCUCAGAGGGAAAACCUUUGAGACCAGAUGGUGGAGCUCUGGAGUCUGAGGAAAUGGGUCCCUUCAUCAUGAAGCUGCUGCUCUUCAGCCACUUGUGACAUUUUUACACGUGGAACCCGAGACUGUGUGAUUAUCUCAAAUCAAAUCAUAUUUGUCUGGCGGAGAUAAUCAAGUCUCUUAUAGCUGUUGACUUGAUAAGAACAGGAAUGGGAAUGGCAUUGAAGGACUUCUCAUUUUGGGGGCUUGCUUUCUGGAAUCCUCCUGGUGGAUUGAUGCUCUCUGUUCAUCUAAGCGCCUAAAGGCAUUAUUGCUGAUACUUUGCAUAGUCAAAUAUGCAGGCUGGAUGGAUUGUCUUUUGUAAGGCAUUAAGGGUAAACUUCUGUUUCACUGACCAUAUCUUUAUGUUAGCCCCUCAAGUAACAUAGCACAGGAUCAUGAAAGACACAUUUCCCUAACCAUUCCUCCUCAUAUCUGUCCCAUUUCCCCACCAUCAUUCCCCUGUGAAGAUAUUGGGGAUUGACAUCUUAAGUUGCAGUAGGUCUGGCUACCAUAGGUGAAGGCCAAAGACCAAAAAAUUCUUUGUAAAGACAGUAUAGUAACAUUUACCUUUGUGCUGAGUCUGAGUGGACCCAGUCAGUUUCAGAUCCACAAAUAUUUAGAAGCCCCGGUAAAAACUGGUUUUUUUUUUUUUUUAAGUUAUAUUUAUGACUAACAACAAUGGAAAAUUUCUUCCCAGCUAAAUAACAUUUUAUAAUACUGUGUGUGUAGUAUUUCACAGUCUUAAACACUCCCUUAGUGUAUUCCAUUUGAUCCUCUCAGAUAGUGUACUUCAGCCAGUAUUCUAGAUGCAAUAAACAAUAUCUAGAACUUCAAAGUUUUCAAGUGCCAGCAUGUGCAUUAUGUUUUGGCAGUGUCUUUGUGUGGAAUGUUUAAGGAUAUACAGUUGUACUUUAUGUAAAUUAAUCCUUGUUCUCCAUAAAUAUAACACGAAAUCGU